AUGAGUGAUUCAAACGAUAUAAGAGCUAAAAGGUUGGCAAGGUUAGCGGCUAUGGGUGGCAGCAACACCGGAUCUUCUAAUCAGAUUAAUAAGAGCACGUCGAACUCGCCAUCUCAAGAACCGUCGACUCCAAAAGAAGAACCUAAACAAGUAUUACAAUCGCAUAAUUCGAAUUUGCCAUCUGAAACAUCGGAGCUGAAACCAGCUGCAACACCAAAAGCACCAGCUCCUAAGGCGCCAGCUCCUAAAACAAAUCCGUCAGAUUCAAGUAUUUCUAAACUCAAUCCUGAAGAACAAAUUGCAAAAUGGUUAUCAACAGAAGUAGAAGGGAUUUUUCAAGCGACGAUUGAUAAAUCCCACACUUCUACAGGAUUGGUAUAUUUAAGUAAUUUGGCUUUUGAACUUGAGUCGGAGAAGACCUUAUUAAGUAAGGAUAAUUUAGAGUCUGUUUUUAUGGAAAUAUUGAACGAAUUGGGUGUACCUGCAGCUUAUAAGUCACCAGUGGAGUACUUAUUUCAGAUUUACCAGAAAUCCUUUAGAUUGAAGAGAAUAGUUCCAAAGAAAGAUCCAUUAUAUGAAACUAAGAUUUCAGUUGUAAAUUCAAUUCUAUCCCUUAGUUGUUCGUAUGGUUUUAUUUGUUUCCAAGUUCCAGAUAUGUACGUUAACAAUGAUAUCAAACUUGCUAUUGAUGUGUUGAUCAACAAUCCAGAUAUGAGUGGAUUUUUAGUCGACAUAGUAAAUGAGAGUGUUGAACAGGAAUCUCUUCUUGAGUUCUUGAAUAUUAUUCUCCCUACCUUAAGUGCCAAGCUCUAUAAAGUAAAUUUAAAUGAUAGCUCGUACUCAAAAUACUUGUCAAUAUUUGAGACAUUAGUUAGCAUAAAGGCUGUCGCGGCAGUAUUUUCACAAGUUGACGGUUUCCAACCUCCGAAUAAGAAAGAAGGUUUAGAUUUUGAAAACAAGACUUUGUUAGGUUCUCUUUUAAGAUUAUCGCCCCUUUUAGAUUCCGUUAGCAAAUACUACUUUACAGAAAACGUCGGUAAUUUAUCAAAAGUACAAGUGAAUUCUACGUAUGAAUCAUUACAGAACGAAUACAAGGUUGUUUCAGAUAGGUUAUUCUUUAUCGUUGACAAACUUAUCCGUGGAUCUUCGCAAACUCGUCAAGCUAUACUUACUUGGUUUGGUGAUCUUAUUAACUUGAGUCAUUUAAGAAGAGGUAGUCAUGCUGACUUAAAUAAAUUACCAUCCGAUGGCAUUAUGUUUAAUAUUUCUCUUAUUUUGAUAAAGUUAAGUUUGCCAUUUUUGGAAUAUCCAACAUUUUCAAAACUUGAUAAAAUAGAUGGAGAUUAUUUUGGUUGCAGUAAUCUCAUUAAUAUUUCAGAAGAAUCUAGAGUGAAUUCAUCCAUACCAGAAGCAAAUGAUUAUUAUAAUGGAAUAGAUAAGUCAACUCCUGCUAACUUUAUAUCUGACUGCUUCUUUUUGACUUUGACUUAUUUGCACUAUGGUGUAGGUGGUAUUUACAAUCACCAUGAUAGAUUAAAGAACCAAAUUAAGCAAAUGACAUCAAGAGUGGAAAUGAUUGAAAAUAAUCAAGUUCCACCGGGUACUAACCCUAUGAUGGCGCAUGUCUUGAGGAGUCAACUUCCGAUGUUAACAAAAAGUCUAAACUCUUUGAAAGCGACUAAACAUUCAAUUCAAGCUAUUUUCAGUUUCCGUUCAAUGCAGUUGGACAUGUUCGACUUCAUAAUUGGCGCAACUACGUUUAUCACCAAACUAAUUGAUCCAAGUCAUCAACAUCCUAGACAGAAAUUGAAGAUUCCAUUAUUUAAGAUUGGUGCUGUUUCCCAAUUAGAUGAUCAUGAGUUUUUACAAACUAAAACUCCCGUUCCAUGGAAAUACUAUCCAGAAUUCAUGUUAGAAGGAAUAAUUAACUAUUGUAAAUUUAUCACCAACUUCAGAGGAUGCCCAUUGGUAGACAAUCAUGAAAAAUUACUGUCUUUUGUUGAAUUUUCGAUUAUUUUAUUGCGUUGUCCUGAGUUAAUUGGUAAUCCACAUAUGAAGGCCCAUUUGGUAGAAGUAUUGUUUAUUGGAUCGUUACCAAUGACGAAUGGCGAACCAGGAUUCAUUGCAAGUAUUUUUAACUCAAAUCAACUUGUGAUAGAUAAUAUAUUGUACUCUUUAUUAGAUUUCUAUGUGAUGGUUGAAAAAACUGGUGCAUCGUCACAAUUUUAUGACAAAUUUAACAGUAGAUAUUAUAUUUCUGUUAUAUUGGAAGAAUUAUGGAAGAAUGAAAUUUAUAGAGAACAGUUGGCCGAUUAUUCCAGAAAUAAUGUUGAUUUCUUUAUCAGAUUUAUUGCCAGAAUGUUGAAUGAUACGACAUAUUUACUCGAUGAAACAUUCAACGAAUUAAACCUGAUCCAUAACUAUCAACGGGAGUUGGAAAAGCGUGCUAAUGGACAACCACCUAAUACUGAAGAACUUGGAAGUGAUGAAGAACUUACUAAUAAUCUAAAUUCAUCUGAAAGAAAAGCAAAAUCUUAUGUUGGAUUAUCGAAUAAGACGAUGGAGUUAUUUAAAUUAUUCUCCAAGCAAACGCCACGAGGAUUUGAAUUGCCAGAAAUUGUCGACAGAUUAGCGGGUAUGUUGAAUUAUAAUUUACAGAUUAUGGUCGGGCCAAAGUGCUCCAACUUGAAAGUACGUGAUCCAAUGAAGUAUGAUUUUGACCCUAAGAGAACAUUAAGUGACUUGUGUGAAAUUUACUGCAAUUUAUCGAACCAAGGAAACUUUAUUGUUGCUGUUGCAAGAGAUACAAGAUCGUUCUCUUUAGAAUACUUUAGGAAAGCUGAAAGAAUCUUAUCCACCAGAACUUAUACCAGUCCAAAAGUAAUUGAGAAUUUAAUCAAGUUUGCACAAAAAGCUGACGAACAAAGACAAACUGAUGAAGACGAAGAGUUAGAAUUAGGUGAGGUACCCGACGAGUUCUUAGAUCCACUUAUGUUCAUUUUGAUGGAAGAUCCAGUUAUCUUGCCAGGGUCCAAAAUUAGUAUCGACAGGUCGACGAUUAAAGCCCAUUUAUUAAGUGAUUCAACAGACCCAUUCAAUAGAAUGCCAUUGAAAUUGGAAGAUGUUGUCGAGGACGUUGAGUUGAAGCAGAAAAUACAAGAGUUCAAGCGUCUGAAAAAAGCUGAGAAAUUAAGUCAGAACCAAGACGUGGAGAUGACCGAUGCGUAG